GAUCUAGUGAUCCCUUAGAAAAAGUCAAUACAUUCGAAAACAGUCACUGCACGCGUCGGUUUGUUAAUUUUGACAAAUUCUCAAAGAAACGCGGAUUUAAUAACGAAGAGUUCUAUACUUUUAAUAUUUUAAAGUUAAUUUAGUUAAAUAAUCAGCAACUAAUUAACACAGCAGUCACCACAUCAGAGUUCUUGUCGCCUUUACCCUGUAAUAAGUUGGAAACAAAUUUUUCAAAAUGAAAUCCAAGAAAAAUGAAACUGAUGCUUCUGGCAGUGGCUCCUCGGACGAAGAAGCAGAGUAUGUUGUGGAAAAAAUUUGUGCACGUCGUGUACGCAAGGGAAAGAUCGAAUAUUUUCUGAAAUGGAAGGGUUAUCCAGAAUCUGAAAAUACUUGGGAACCAGAAGAAAAUCUCGAUUGUCAAGAUUUAAUUCAAGCCUUCGAAGAGGAAAGAACCAAGGAAGAGGCUGCUUCAACAUCUAGCACCAAAACAACUGAAAAGAGCAAAAAAGAACCUUCCAGCGGACGAUCCAGCGUUGCUGGUGGUAAACGUAAAAAUGAGGACUCAAAAUCUUCAGGAAGCAAAAAGAAACGCACAGAUUCCGGCAAAGAUGAAACGGAUAAUGAAUCUGUUUCGGAUGCCUCAACAAGACACUCAGAAUUGACGGGCUUCGAUAAAGGUCUUGAAGCUGAAAAAAUUCUUGGAGCCUCCGAUUCGAAUGGAGGCCUAUAUUUCCUUAUACAGUUCAAAGGUGUGGAUCAAGCUGAAAUGGUGGCCGCCUCGGUAGCAAAUGUAAAAAUACCCCAAAUGGUUAUUAAAUUCUAUGAAGAACGUUUAUCAUGGUAUUCGGACAACGAAGAGUGAGCAAUCCAUGCAGUUCGGCACAGGAUGUGUUGAUUUCUCUUUUAACAAUAACACAAAAACAUAACUUUACGUUAACUUUUCGUAUUAAUUUUACCUAUAUUGUAAUGCAAAAGCAAACAACAACAACAAAAACAAAAUAUUGAAGAAACCUCCACUUUUCUUUUUCUUAAAACAACUUAUCAUUUCGAAAAUCGUUAUUAUGCCUUCAUGAGAAACAUAACUAAAAGAGCUAAACCCUGUACUCAUUCUCCAAGUCAAUGUUUGAAUACUUCGUUGACCUUUUUCUUUUUCUAUUUUAGCAUUUUAUCUUAAAUCCGCUUAAAAAGUAUACUUAUUCACAUAUAAGAUACAUAUACAAUACCUAUAUAAAUGUCGCUAAACCACAAGUGGAAGAAAAUAAUAAUAAAAAAAAAAACAAAUUAGAAUAAUACACAUUUUUGUUUAAGAGUCCAGGGAAACUUGCUAUAUACUAUUGACGGAAAAUUAAAAGAAAAGACCACGAAAAUAUGAAGAUGUGGCUUUUAAAAAAUAAACACAAAUAUACAUGUAAAAUA